CCCCUUGAAAGGAACUUAAGUAUCAGACUAGCAGAAUCGUAUGCCCAGAGUUUGACAGCAGGAGAUAGGGCUUUGGUAGUUUGUUUACCAGGUCCCCAUCUGAUCUUGGAACAUCUUGCCUUGACUGCAGAAAAACUGCUGAAACACUGUUAGAAACUUAGGUAACUCAACUGGAGCUCUUUCUGUAGGGACAACGGAGAGCUGACUCGGGAUCACAGGCUCAAGUGUAAUGGAAACUUCAAGGGUACUUUUCCGCAGACACUUUCUUGUCCUGUACCUCCUUCAGAUGGUUACACCAAGUUCAGUUUUGCAGAAAGGAAGUGGUACAAGUUGUCGAUCCAUCUGGGAAUCCCUGUGACUUUUCAGUACAGUGUAGAAUGAGAUAAGGAAAGAUGGAACAGACAAGGGGAUCUUGACAGAAGAUGAGAAUCUGCAUUUGGCAAAGGAUCCAUACAAAACAGCAAUAAAUACAGAACAAUUCAUGGUGAAAGCCUUAAAGGGGCCAAUCUUGGCCCAAUUGGGUGGACAAGUUGAGCUCAGUUGCCAGUUGUCUCCACCACAGAGUGCGCAACACAUGGAGAUCCGCUGGUUCCGCAACCGCUACAUGCAACCCGUUUACCUAUACAAGGAGGGAAAGGACCUCUAUGGAGAAACUACCUCCAGGUAUGUGGAGCGGACAGAACUCCUGAAAGAUGCCAUUGGAGAAGGUAAAGUGACCCUCAGGAUCUUUAACGUCAGUGUUGAUGACGAUGGGCAGUACCACUGCUUCUUCAGAAACGGUGAUUUCUCUGAAGAGGACAUCACAGAAGUGAAGGUCACAGCUACAAGCUCAGACAUACAGAUUUUUAUGCAUCCUCCCAAUACCAAUGGUCUUAUUAUGGACUGUCAAUCAGGAGGUUGGUUCCCACAGCCUCAAAUGGAAUGGAGAGACAGCAGAGGAGAGGUCCUUCUGCCUACAUCAAAAUCUCACUCACAGGAUAGAGACAAAUUGUUCAACAUGAAGAUGACCCUUCUUCUCAGUGAUUCCCACCCUGGGACUGUCACUUGCUACCUUAGAAACUCUCUAACUGGCCAAGAGGAAAGAACAAGCUUUGUCUUAACAGAUCAACUGUUUUCACAUAAGAAAAUUUGGAAAAUUAUUAUCGUUACACUUGUGAUGGUGCUGAUAGCCUCCAUUGCAUUUCCCAGUGUUGCACUCUGUUGCAAACAACCAGAACGAGGUAAAUGCUGCAGCAAGAAAUCUCCUUUGUUAGUGGGUGCAGGAAUAGUCAUUUCUUCAGUUGUUGUAGAUAUCAUACUCACUGUCUAUUUGUAUAAGCAUCAAAGAGUUCCUGCUUCAGAUCGACUAUUUGCAUUGGAUGCUAUCUGGGUGGAAGAUGUGAUUGUGGCCCUGUGGGUGCUGAUGGUCUUCAUCACCAUGUUCAUUUCUCUUAUUUACUUCACAAUGAAAGAUCGCAUGCAAAGCGAAAGGACAGAGCAGACAUCAAAUGUCUCAUGUGAAACUGUGAAUAGAGAGACCACAGUGAAACAAGGUGCUAACUCCUUUGACUGUGCAAAUAUCCAUAUGUCCCAGUUGUUAUGUGGAGAUGAUAAUUCUGAUGGUGAAAAAUAAACUAACUGAAAUGAAAAAUAAUUUACCAGAAUAAUUCAGUACAUAUUUGACACAGAAGAACCAGUAAACUUGAAGCUAUCUCAAUAGAUAUUAUACUAUCUGAAGCACAGAAAUUUUAUGGGAGACAUUGAUCUGCACAUGCAAGGAGCUCAACAACCUCAAGUUGGAAUAAACACAAAAUGAUACACUCACCAUAGUUAAAGAGUGGAAAGAUAAAGAUUAAAAACAGAAAGAAGAAAGGCUUAUCACCUAGAAUGAAACGACACUGCUACCAUGGCUUAGUUAUAGAAGAUAAUGAACAACAGAAGGUAAUCAGAUGAUAUAUUCAAAAUGCUAAGAGAAAACCAAAGAACUUGUAGAUGCUCCUUUCAUUCUCUUCUUUUUAUAUCUACAGAGAGCGUAGAACAAUUUUAUAUUAUAGUGUUUUCUUUUUGCAAAUUUUAUUGAAGUUUGAUUGAUGUACAACCUAUUGCACAUAUUUAAGGUGAAAAAUUUGAUGCUGAUUGAUAUAUCCAUAUAUCCUCUGAUCUAUAACUACAAUAGACAUGCCUUAAUUCCAAAUUUUUCUAAAUACUCCUUCAUAAUUCAUCCUCCCCAUUCUCUUGCCACCAUUCUCAGGCAACCAAUUUAUAUGCUUUUUGCUAUUAGAGAUUAAUAUGUAUUUUCUGUAAUUUUAUAUGAAUGAAAUCAUAAAGUACAUAUUUGUUUUUAUUUGACUUCCUCCACCUAGAAUAAUUAUUUUUGGAUUCAUCUUUGUCAUUAUAUGAACAACACAAUAGUAUUCCACUGUGUUGAUAUGCCAUACAAUAUGGUGAGUUUGUUCAAUUAUUCAACUGUUGAUGGACUUUGGGGUAAUUUCCAGUUUUUUGCUAUUAAAAAUAGAGUAGUUAUGAACAUUCAUGUGCACAUCUUUUUGUGACCAUUUCCUUGUUAUCAUUCAUUACGUAGAAAUGAAUUGAUUGUCUGUGUCAUCAUAUGAUAUGUGUAUGCUUAACUGUUUAUGAAACUGCUAAAUUAUACUACAACAUGCUUGUACCAGCAGGGUAUGAGAGUUUUUACUGUCCUGUGUUCUGAUCAAUGUUUGUUAUGCUGUCUUUGUACUUUAAGCUACUGUAAUGUGUGAAUACUAGUAUUUCACUGUCAUUUUAAUUCUCCUUUAAGGAUUAAUGAUACUAAAGAUUUUUCAUGUGCCUCACCUUAAUCUAUUUCUAGUUAUAAAAGUAACUACUAUAUUUAAUGGCCAUUGUCAAUCAUUUGUUGGCUGUUUUUAGUUUUCCUGAUUUCACAAAGCUUGUUCUUUGGCAGAUUCCUCAGGACAGACCCUUUGACACAAUCUUCCUCUUAUUAUUGCAUAUUUAUAUAUGUCGGCCUUACCUUUCAUAGUCCUAAGUCAUUUUUCUGUUUAUAAGUCUUUGGUUCACAUUUACUUAUCUUUGAUAUCUUAAAUAUAUCACACUCUUUCUGUUGGUAUAAAUUACUACUGUUGAAAUACCCAAUGGUUAUUUUAUUUCCCUUUUGUGUCACUUCUACUUACAUGCCCAGAUGAUUUUUUUUUUUUUUGGCUCUAUGUCCAGUAAUUUUAAUAGAAUGUGUCCUGCUUAUAAUGGAUUAGUUCUGCAUCCUCUUGCAUAUGAAGUGCUUGGUCAAUACAUAGAUGAAAUCUGUUAUUGUUAAUUUCAUGACUUUUUUGCAUUGUAAUGUUUAGUAUUUGUUCUGCUCUCUUUAUUUGGUUUCACACUUCAAGGUCUGCUAUUAUACAUACUGUAUUAUACACAUGUCUUUGCCUGUAUCCACUAGUUCCUGUUUUUCCUCCAAUCAUACUCAUAUCUUCACAAGUAUACAUUGUCACUUAGUUUUGUUGGUAAUGUUCUCCAGUGGAUUUGGUUUAGCUAUCUAGUUUCUCUGCCUAUUAUUAUAUGAGGAAAUAGGAAGAUUUACAUAUUGUGUUAUAUCUUUCAUCCUUGUAGAAUCACCUUUAUGUGUAAAUUUUAUUAUAUAAGAUAUUUUCUUUCUGACAAUAAUUAUUAAGGGUGCUUUUAAACUGCCAAAAGGCUAUAGAUUAUUUUUCAUCGUUUUUUAUUGGUAUCCAACUAAAUUUCAGUGUUAUCAGAGAAUGUUGCCUGUAUGAUGCCUAUUAUUGAAGUUUAGGGACUUUAAUAAUUGUAAGAUAUGAUCCCUGUUUGUUAAUGUUUCAUUUGUGUUUGGAAAGAAACUGAAAUGUUUAUGAUUAGUUAUUGAAGCAUUUUUUUUAACAUCUUAGUUCUUAUAUUUUCAAAUAUUAUCCAACUAUACCAACUCUUUUGGUUUUUAUUUGUUUUUUUUUUCUAGCCUUUAUAUUCAGACCUUCUCUAGACUUAAUUUAUUAUUAGCUCUUACUUAAAUAUAAUACCGAUGGAUUUUGUUUUAAAUUCACUUUUGGUUUAUUAUAGUUCCUAGUUCAUUUAAACUUUCUGUGAUUAUCCAGAUAAUUAGACUUGCUUCCACUGCCUUAGUUUGUGUUUUGUGUCUUUCUUAUCCUAUUAUAUUAUACUUUAUCAUUUGUUUUCCUUUAUUUUCAAUUUGUUAGAGUUCGAACUUUUCCUGAUAUACAUUUUCUUCUAUUUGUUUAAAUAUUUUUUGAUUCUACCUGUGCUAUGUUAGAGACCCAUGAGAUCCUUGAAAAUUGAAAACCAAUUUUAAAAUCUCUAAAAUUCAUCAAACUAUUAAAUUUGUUCUAAAAAACAAAACAAUUUCAGAGAAUUUUAACUUUGUCCAUAUAUUAGCAACUUCAUGCUAUUUUCUCCAUUACAUGUUUCCAUCUGACACAUACAACCCACAAAAAGAAAUACUAGUCUUAUUGCAUAUUUACAAAAUAUUUCUUGAAUUAGAUACUGCAGAUAUAUUUUACUUUACAUAUUAUCAAUCUAAAUAAUUUUAAAAUACUUCAAUAUAAUAAAGCUUAAUAUGAGGGAAAUUCCAAUUUUCCUGUACAUGUGGGUUACAUAUAUUAUCCUUCUUAUCAUUUUUCUCCAUUAUCUGAUCCAGGUAUGAUGAUACCUAGCAGUUGUAUUUUAUAAUGUUAUCAUGUAGGUUUAUCUGCUUUAAAAUUCAUUUUAUGGCAUCUUUCUCAACAUUCAUUUAUUUUAGCAUGUAAUAGUUUUUGCAUCAUUCUAUUUCCAGUUAUUGUCACUAUAUGUAAUGCUGCAAAAAAUUCUAUUUCUUUCUGUUUAUUUUUAGAAAGAGUUUUUAUGUGAUGCAAACCUCAAACUCUUUGAGUUUUGAGCUUUACUUGAACCUCCAGUUUCCUAUAUCUGUAAGACAGCUAAAACUCACCUCUCUUGCUUAGGUAACGUAACAAACCUCUCCAAAUACUCCUAACCAACUUAUUGGCAUUUGAUUACCACUCUGUAUUUAACUUUAUGCUUAAUACCAAUAGAUUUCAUCACAGCCAUAUUUAUUACAACACCAUUCAUAAGAGGUGAGACUUGGAAUCAGCCUAGAUUCACGUCAACAGGUGAAUAUAAAAGAAAAUGUAACAUAUAUGCAAAAUGGAGUAUUAUCUAGACAUAAAGAAGAGACAAAUCCUAUCAUUUGUAGAACAGUAGAUGGAACUAAAGGAUUUAUGUCAAAUGAAAUGAGCCAGACUUGAAAGACAAGUACAACAUGUUCUCUUUCUUAUUACACAUGAAAGCUAAAAAUAGUCACCCUGAAAGUAGAAUGGAGAUUGGGAUUGGUGUUGGUGGGGUGGGAAAGGGAGAUAGAAUUUGAUCAGUACACACUGUACACAGAUAUAGAAAUAUUUCCCUGUAACCCCUUAUUAUGUAUAACUAAUAUAUUUUAAUAAAAAUUAGAAUAAAAACUGUUCUUAAUAAA